UUUUGCGCCAUAACCAGCAGAGAGGAAGAAGGAGAGGCUGCAUCACUUGUGGAUUUGUUUACAUCUGUGUGUUUGCUUAAACUCGGCCUGUAUGAACUCUGUCAGUUAAACGCUGCACAUGAUGACCACAGAGCCUGCCAGCCUGGAGACCCUGCGCGUGCUGUACCAGAGUGAUGACUACAUUGUAGUUGACAAGCACUGGGAUAUUCGCAUUGACAGCAAGAUGUGGUACGAGAAACACACCGUCCAGGCACAGCUUCGGCAACGCUUCCCUCAGCUGGCAGACCCCAGCACUUACUAUGGCUUCAGGUUCUGUCAUCAGUUGGAUUUCUCCACAAGUGGGGCUCUCUGUGUCGCCCUGAAUAAGGCUGCUGCUGGGCGGGCGUACCGUUGCUUCAAGGACCGUACUGUCACAAAAGCCUACCUCGCCCUGGUACGUGGCUGGGUGGAAGAAGAGACACUAACUAUGGAUUUUGCCAUCGGCAAGAACACAUCAGAGGGAAAAACACACAUGAUGUGUAUUGAGGGAACAGAAGGUUGUGAGAACCCCAAGUCCUGCCAAACCGAGCUGACGGUGUUGGAGUAUGGGUUGUACGAUGGAGAUCCUGUCACCAAGGUGUUACUGCAGCCCCUCACUGGACGAACCCACCAGUUGAGGGUCCACUGCAGCGCAAUCGGUCACCCCAUCGUCGGAGACUUCACCUACAGCUCAGGAGCGGAUGACGCCCCCUACCGCAUGAUGCUGCACGCCCACUUCCUCCACAUUCCCCUGGAACCUCUGCCCCUGCUUGUCUCUGCUGGAGACCCCUUUCUCCCCAUAGAGGAUCCCAAGUGGCUCCCGCAGCGCUCGUUACGGACACUGGAGGCGACGGUGGAGGCCCUGCUGGCGCAGAGGGUGGAGGAGGACAGAAAGCUCAAAGAGGAGGAGAGAGAGAGGGCGAGAAAGAAGGAGGAGAGGAGGAAAGGAAGCAAGGACCAGAGGACUGAGGAGGAGAGUGAAGAGCAGAGGAGGCAGUGUCAGGAGUGGCUGAGUGAAUGGGCUGGAGACUGAUGUUAUUAUUAUCGAUUUUAAUUUAUUUUAGCAGUUUAGUCACGAGGGCCACGGCGAGCAUGCAUGCAUGCUCCACCUCACUGACCACCUGCACUGCAUUUAAAUGUCAUAUACCCUCACAAGCCAGUUCUAAACAUUAUGUUGAUGUGUGUUAGCAUGUAAGCUGCCGCUCUCGUAAACAACUGGGAGCUGCCUACUAUAACCAGUGUUCCAUCGUGAGCAAUUCCACCGCAGUAGUCUGAGAAAUAAGUGCCUUGCUCAAGUUCAUGUUGCUAUGCGAGUGGUUAAAUAGAUGCCUUUUGUU